GUGAAUGCAGAUUUACUCUGCUGUCUUUACGAGCGGAGACCCGCGGAGACUCUUGCGAAACUAAACACCUUCUUCAGCGAAAUCCAUUCAUUAAGUUGCAUUAACUAAAAGAAAACACCAUGACGAUACCCGAAUGAAGGCUGAAAUGGAGAUAAGGAGAAAUUCUUCUGGUUUUGAUCUUCUCCCGCCGGUAUGAACCCCAGCACCUCCUCCCAGCCGCCUGAAGAAGAUGAGCUCCUGGACGGCUGGCACUUCCUCUCCUCUGAAUCCCCUCAGCCUCCAGACCCUGGAGCCAGCCGGGAACUCCGGGAGACGGAGGACAGAGGACAACUCAAGUCCAGGUUCAUCUCAGCCUGGAACAGCGUCAAAUAUGGCUGGUCCUUGAAGCAGAAAUCCAAGUUCAGUAAGAGCUCUCCUGUCAUCAUGUUCGGACAGUCCUACGAGCUCAAGGAUCACGGGGACAGAGAGCGUUUCCGCCGCUGCUUCUCCUCCCUCCUGUGGCUGACCUACAGGCGGGGUUUCUCUCCGCUGCCCGGCGGCUCUCUGACCUCUGACAGCGGCUGGGGGUGUGUGUUACGCACCGGGCAGAUGCUGCUGGCACGAGGCCUGCUGCUGCACCUGAUGCCACCAGGCUGGACUUGGUGUGUGAGCCACCAUGCCGUGAAGGACGACCUGGACCUGCUCCACUCCACAGACGGUGCAGAGAGCGCGCAGGAAGUGAAGGAAUCGUCCAAACAGAGGAACCGGAAACUGAGCCUGGGCUCCCUGCUGGACCGGCCCAUGGAGGCCAAACACAGGCGGGUGGUGUCCUGGUUUGCAGACCAUCCCACUGCCCCGUUUGGGAUUCACCAGCUGGUGGAGCUGGGGAAAAGCUCGGGGAAGAAGGCCGGGGACUGGUACGGACCGUCCAUCGCUGCACACAUCCUCCGGAAGGCAGUGGCAGCCUCAGCAGAUCUUCCCAAUCUAGUCGUGUAUGUCGCACAAGAUUGUACUGUCUACCUGGAGGACGUGAGGAGGUUGUGUGAGCGCCCCCCCCCUCAGGGCUGGAGGUCCGUCAUCAUCCUGGUUCCUGUUCGACUCGGAGGACAAGACCUGAACCGCUCCUACAUCUCAUAUGUCAAAAGACUGUUGACAUUACAGUACUGCAUCGGGAUCAUCGGGGGGAAACCAAAGCACUCUUUAUUCUUCACCGGCUUCCAGGACGAACACCUGCUGUACCUGGACCCUCACUACUGUCAGCCCACUGUGGACAUCAGCCAGGAGAACUUCCCUCUGGAGUCGUUUCACUGUAAGUAUCCCAGGAAGAUGUCUUUCUCCCGCAUGGACCCGAGCUGCACCAUAGGCUUCUACGCUAAAGGCCAGAGAGACUUUGAGUCGCUCUGCACCGCCGUUAGUGAGGCUCUCUCCACAUCUGCGGAGACGUACCCCAUUUUUAUUUUUGCAGAAGGAAGAAGUCAAGAGGAGGAGGAGAGAGGCAACACCCCCACAAACAACAUGGCCUACAUCCAGAGGAAGAAAGGCAGGAAGAGUGUGAAGACCAGCAGCAGCAUGGAUGAGUUUGUUCUCUUAUGAACAGAAGAAGAAAUCUGUGAUCAGACCUGACAUUUAAACCGUGGCAACUACUGAGCUCUAAAAGCAACACUAUAUCCUAACCGACACUACUUUAUUUUUACUGCACUUCUGUAUUUUUAUUUAAUGUUUUAAGAAAUCAUUUAUGUGUACAUCUUUCCAGGGAAGGAUGUUUUCUAAAGGCCAUGUUAUAUUUAAGCUGUUAAAAUCAUGUAAAUGGAAUAAAAGUAUGUGAAAGCAAACUUAAAGAGGCCUUAUCAUGCAUUGGGGGUUUUCACUUCCUGUACAGAGGUUUUGGUGACAUCUAUGCAACUCUCCUGCUCCUAUAAUUUAAGGGGAGGGACCUCUCUAAGCCGUGGACCAAUCACAACAGAGCCGGCCAAUCAAUCAGAGCACUAGGGGCUCUGGUUUCAGACAGAGGGUGGAAAGAGGUGCUGCAGCACAGGCAGUGUGAGAAACAUAAAGAGCUUUCUGAACAUUAAGGAUGGAGACAUGUCCCAGGAGAGACACUACAUACUAUGAGAUGCUUCAGGUCAUGUGACAGGACACGCUGCAUUUAAAUGGAGUAGAACAUUGGAUUGCUGUUGACGUGACUCGCACAAAGAACAUCUUGAACAAGAAGUCAAAGGUUCUGUAUGCACUCUCAAAGGAAAACUACAAAGGUUACUGAGAAUAUUCUGAUGAGCUGAAUUAUUUUGUUGCUGUAUUUUAUUUGAAUAAAUGGUUUAUGAAGACGA